AUGAGCACACGGAGGAGACAGUCCGCCUCCGCAUCCACCCCCCGACCAGACGGCGACGAACAAGGCGCUCCCAGACGAGCCACGCGACAUAGAAAUCCCCUCCCACCAACUUCCGGCCCUCUCUACCCCCCGCUUCCCCCAAAGCAACCGAAACACGCCACCACAGAAGGCUCAUCGUCGCGGUCCCCAGCUACUUGGGGCGCAAAGGAGAUCAUGGAGGGUGACGAGGAUGCCGAGAGCGACGUUGCUCGACCUGGGAAGCCAUCGGGAGGGCUGGAUGCGCCCGCUGAACUGAACGAGUCGGCGGUGGUGCUUGAUGAGGACGAGGACGAUAAGGAUGGGCGCGGGCCACAUAGCGGGUCCAACACGAGCCUCACGCCUCCGCCUCCCACGAGCGACAAUGAAGAAAUGGAUCUCGACAUUGGCUUGGAGGCCCAGGAAGAGAAGGAAGUCGAGGCGGGGUCUGCAAGCCGCAAAGAUGGCGACAGGCCUGAGGGCGAAGACGAUCAGGGGUCGCCGCAACAUCAGCCUGCUGAGAGAGGGCCCGGGGAUGAUGAGGUCAAGAGCGAGCCAGAGGAAGAGAAUCCCUUGCCCUCGGCGCCCAUCCAUGCCAACGGAGACGACAAAGUCGACGAUGCCGAAGUGAAGGAAGACGAGGACAAUGACGAGACUGUGCCACCUGCUCGCACUCGUAACGGCAAACCCUCGCGUCUAUCACACAUCCCUACACCAUACGACACUCCCGCAUCUUCAGCUACUCCCGAUACAGCCAUGGCCCGCUCUGGAUCUCGUCAAGGGAGAAAGAGGCGCGGGGAAGAGCAGUUGCUGCUGGAUGACCACUUGUUGCCUGCCGAGAUACGGCGUACGACCGUCAAGAAGACGGAAGAUGAUGAAGAGGAGGAGGAGGAAGAGGAUGACGACGAGGAGGAAGGUGAUGGAGAAGAAGAACAAGAUGAAGAGGGUGACGACGAAGAGGGCAAGGAUAUCACUCGCUGCGUCUGCAAGCGCGAAGACAUCGACGUAAUGAUGAUUCAGUGUGACCAGUGCAAUGUCUGGCAGCAUGGCGAAUGCAUGGGUAUCUGGGGCGACGACGAGGCGCCUGACGAGUACUUUUGUGAAGAGUGCAAGCCAGAGCGUCACCAAGCUCUCAAAAAGUGGCUCCGCUCGCGAGGCCGCAAUACUGCCCCCUUCAUCCCCCCGGCCCCCGAAAAGCUGGAGCAACUCCAUUCCAAUCGCGAUCCUUUCCCUCCAUCCCAGUCCAAGCGAUGGUCAGAACCGUCUGUUAUCGAGGCUCCGCCUCCACCACCAAUAUCCAAGUCGGCCAGAUCACAUCACAAAAAGGACAAGGACCCACUGCCGAGUCCUGUUGAGACGGCAGACUCGCGGAGAACGAGAGGCAGGCAAUCGACAGUGCGCGAGAAACCCCCGUCAACCUCGUACAAGAAGGAAGGACGACGAUCCAGAAAGUCGCUUGGCGCGGAAGAGAGUGAUGAAGAUGAUUCAUCACCGCAGCCUUCCAAUUCAAGUGCUCCGGCCAAGAAACGGAGUACGAUGAACUCGCGGGACGCGGCGUACGAAGAGGCAGUCAAGGCUGCUCUCGAGGCGAGCAAGCGGGAGAUGGAGGGGCAGGAAGGAGAUGAAGAUAUUGAGGUUGUGGAGGAAAAGCAACCAGAAGAGAAGAAAGAAGACAAGGAGAAGGGACGAGGUGGGAAGAGACGGCGGAACGAAGAUGAGGAGGAAGAAAAAGAGGAAGAACAGGAAAAGCCAAAGAAGGGCAAGCGGAGAAAAGAGGAAGAUCCUGAAGUAGAAUCCGGAGCACCUGCCAGUCAGUCAAACAAGCCGAAACACCCCAACCAAUAUACCUACCGCCCGAAACCACCUUCCAGUGCCGCACCGGCCGCUUCACCGUCGCGGCGAAUGGGAACUACUCCCGUACCCUCCAGCAGUGCUGCCCCGCUACAUCACGAGCAUGGCACUCGGCGCGCCGGCGCUCUCGCAAGUGCGCCAGUGGUCUUCCAACCGCUAUCGGUAGAGUCUGCAAACCACUUGAAUUGGAAUCUGCCCGAUCAUCUGAUACCCUUCGCCGAGGCUUUGCCCAGUGACCAUCCCGAAGCCUUGGAAGUCCCUGCUCCUCGAGUGAUGGCGUACUUGCCCAGAAAUCACUUUCAUAACCAACAGUACGGUCCGUUUACCGAGAAUCGCGAUGAGCAAGGGCGGCUACGGCUGCCCACUGAGCAACAGACUCGCGAGACUGUCGGUCACCAGACUACUCAGCUCGAACCCCCUGCUCGAAUCAAAUUCCCACCCAAGCGUGUCACAUCCGUCGAUAUCAAAAGGCGGAUACGGACGAUGCUCGAGUUUGUGGGAAAGCACCAAGUGGACGAGAGCAAUCGGGUGAAGAGGGCAAAGUUGAUCGGGAUCGAAACCACUUCUACAGGUGUGAUCAAGCGGCGAGAGGAGCGAAGGGAGCAUGCAGAGGAAAAGGAGAGAAGAGCGGACAAGGAGCGGGAAAGGCUCGAGCGCGCGCAAGAAGAUGGAGAAGGGGACACUUCUAUGGAGGAGGCCGAAGCACUACCAGAGUUGGGGCGAACGCCCUCCCCCCCUCCAGUCUCUGCCGAAGCGCCUCAACGGAAGUCCGUCCAGCUCAUGACGGAGCUCACUGAACGUCUCAUUGCUUUCCAAGAAGCCUUAUCUAGUAAUGACUUUACUGCUCUGGAGAAUGGCUAUGCUGCCUCAGUCUCUGUGUCUCCUAGGCUUCCGGAGGACUCGGUGACGGUGAACCUGUCAGCACCGAAAGAGGGCAAAUCAAACCACAUCUCCGAACCUCAUCUUGUCCCUCGGAUCCAGAAAGAUCCAACACCCAUGUCCAACGGUGCGCCCAUCCAUGAAACAACGUCAGAAAUUGACGGCGCGAGUGAGGGGAUAGAAGUCUACAGAGCGGGACUGGUGAACAAAGUCAUGCCUAUGGACGAGACUGAAAGAGAAGUAGCUCGGAAGGUGGAAGAGAUCAUUCAAGGUUGA